AUGAAUGGAGAUUCACAAGGCGAAUGUCCAGUAGAUCACACAGCUAGAGAAGCGUGGAUGAAAAGCAUGUCUCAGGAAGGUGAGACAAAUGCAAAACACAGCUUUAAGUCUCCACAUGGAGCUCCCGCUCAGUCCUUGACCUGUCCCAAAAGUGGAGCUUCCGCCACGCCAGACCAGUCUGAAGCUUGUCCAGUUAGUCCCGAAGCGCGGAGCGUGUGGCUUCAACAUGAACAAGUUUCCAAAAUGGGCGAGGAUGUCGAAUGCUCCUCGGAUGAAAUCCCAGCUAUACCGCGAUACAAGACAGACGUAAACUUACCAACCGAGCGGGAAAUCUCGAGCAUUCCUAGAACCGGCAGCGAACAAAAUUGGAUUUAUCCAUCUCAAAAACAGUUUUUUGAGGCGAUGUUACGCAAGAAAUGGAAUCCGAGUGCAGAAGAUAUGAAAACGGUGAUACCGAUCCAUAAUUCCGUCAACGAGCGCGUUUGGGACUACAUUAGGCUUUGGGAGAAAAAUCAGGGAAGUGAAACGUGUGGCGGCCUUCAGUUGACUAGUUUCAAGGGCGACUCGAAGAAAUUAACUCCAAGAGCAUGGUUCCGUAGUACGCUUUUGGGCUUUUCAAAACCGUUUGACCGUCAUGACUGGACCAUCAAUCGCUGUGGCAUGAAAGUGGACUACGUGAUUGACUUUUAUAGCAAUGAAACUCAAACAGGGCCUGGCAUAUAUUUGGAUGUCAGACCCAAACUCAACAGCUUUGAAGGCAUUCGGUUGCGGUUCAAAAGAGUACUGGGACUCGAGUGA